UCUUAACGGACGUUGAGGGAGGAGGUGAGAACGAACGCGCGCGCGACCGCCUCCGUCCGCGGCCCGGGUUUGUCCGGAUCCUUCCCCGCGGGCGCUGAGGCUGAAGAGGAAUCGGCAGCCGGAGUAUUUACACAGCUGAUUCAGGAGGCACUGCACGGAACAAUGUGAUGCCAUGCAAGCAGCCCUGCUAGAGGACAUAGAGCGGAGCAGUUCACAGUUGCUGGCAACAGUCGUGCAUCACCUUGACAUGGUUGAGCACCAUUUCUGGUCCCAGGAAACAAGCACUGACUGCCACUGAUCAUGAGAUGUUUCCACGAAAUCUACCUCAGACCUCACUUUUGCUCAUUAAUGUGCUGCGCCAUUUCAAAUCUCAGCAGGAACUCUGCAAACACUCUUGAAAAAGUCUCGAGAGAACAGAUUGUGACACCAAAUCAAUGCGUGAUGACCUAGUAGUAGGUUGAAGUCUGAAACAUUCUUGAUGCAGCAGUCCAAGAUAACACUGCCUAAUGUAUCGAUAUAAUUUCUAAAGGCUACAAACAGCUCCUGCAGUUUCUUCUUGUUACGCCAGAAACAUUCAUUUGACCUUUCUCCUGCAGAAAGAUCCUUGCCUCUCUAAUCUAGUCCUGGAAAUAUUAAUGGAAUACAGUCAUGUCUACUCAGGAUGAAAGGCAGAUCAAUGCCGAAUAUGCUGUAUCCUUGCUGGAGCAGUUAAAAUUGUUCUAUGAACAGCAAUUGCUAACUGACAUAGUGUUGAUUGUUGAGGGCACUGAAUUCCCCUGCCAUAAGAUGGUUCUUGCAACAUGCAGCUCUUAUUUCAGGGCCAUGUUCAUGAGUGGGCUAAGUGAAAGUAAACAAACACAUGUACAUCUGAGGAAUGUGGAUGCAGCCACUUUACAAAUUAUAAUAACUUAUGCAUACACGGGUAACUUGGCAAUAAGUGACAGCACGGUAGAACAGCUUUAUGAGACUGCUUGCUUCUUACAGGUAGAAGAUGUGUUACAGCGAUGUCGAGAAUAUUUAAUUAAAAAAAUAAAUGCAGAGAACUGUGUGCGGUUAUUAAGUUUUGCUGAUCUCUUCAGCUGUGAAGAGUUAAAACAAAGUGCUAAGAGAAUGGUAGAGCACAAGUUCACUGCUGUGUACCACCAAGAUGCUUUCAUGCAACUGUCACAUGAUCUACUGGUAGAUAUUUUAAGCAGUGACAACUUAAAUGUGGAAAAAGAGGAGACAGUUCGUGAAGCUGCUAUGUUAUGGCUGGAAUACAACACAGAAUCACGAUCACAGUAUUUGUCCUCUGUUCUUAGCCAAAUCAGAAUUGAUGCACUUUCAGAAGUAACACAGCGAGCCUGGUUUCAAGGAUUACCACCUAAUGAUAAAUCAGUGGUAGUGCAAGGAUUAUACAAAUCUAUGCCCAAAUUUUUCAAACCAAGACUUGGUAUGACUAAAGAGGAGAUGAUGAUAUUCAUUGAAGCUGCUGCUGAAAACCCUGGUAGUCUUUACUCUUCUGUCUGUUACAGCCCCCAGGCAGAAAAAGUUUACAAGCUUUGCAAUCCCCCUGCCGACUUGCAUAAGGUUGGAACACUUGUAACUCCUGAUAAUGAUAUCUAUAUAGCAGGUGGGCAAGUUCCUCUGAAAAACACAAAAACCAAUCACAGUAAAACUAGCAAACUUCAGGCUGCCUUCAGAACUGUGAAUUGCUUUUACUGGUUUGAUGCACAGCAAAACACUUGGUUUCCAAAGACUCCAAUGCUGUUUGUUCGUAUAAAGCCAUCCUUGGUCUGCUGUGAAGGAUACAUCUAUGCAAUUGGAGGAGAUAGCGUAGGUGGAGAACUCAACAGAAGAACCGUGGAAAGAUAUGACACUGAGAAAGAUGAAUGGACCAUGGUAAGCCCAUUGCCUUGUGCGUGGCAGUGGAGUACAGCAGUAGCGGUUCAUAACUGCAUUUAUGUAAUGGCCCACAACUUGAUGUACUGUUAUUUUCCCAGGUCGGAUGCUUGGAUAGAAAUGGCUAUGAGACAAACUAGUAGAUGCUUUGCUUCUGCUGCCGCUUUUGGUGACAAAAUAUUCUAUAUUGGAGGAUUGCAUAUUGGCAGCAAUUCUGGUAUAAGACUCCCAACUAGCACUGUAGAUGGGUCUUCCGUAACUGUGGAAGUCUAUGAUGUGAAUAAAAAUGAAUGGAGGAUGGCAGCUAAUAUCCCUGCCAAGCGGUAUUCUGACCCUUGUGUUAGAGCUGUUGUAAUCUCCAAUUCUUUGUGUGUCUUCAUACGAGAAACCCACAUGAAUGAGAGAGCCAAGUAUGCCACCUACCAAUAUGAUCUGGAGCUUGAUCGGUGGUCUCUACGACAGCAUAUAUCAGAACGUGUGCUCUGGGACUUAGGAAAAGACUUCCGAUGCACUGUAGGAAAGCUGUAUCCAUCUUGCCUUGAAGAGUCCCCAUGGAAACCUCCAACAUAUCUCUUUUCACCAGAUGGGGCUGAUGAGUUUGAGCUGGAUGGGGAGAUGGUUACCCUGCCACCCGUAUAGCCCCCAAAUUGGAGACUGCACACCUGCUUCUGGGCUCAAUUACCUUGAAAUAAAACUUUAAUGAAAGAACAGGGCUGGAAAUUGAAACAUUAAACCUGUCUUUCAUAAUUGUAUUUUUAUGCCCUACUUAGCAUUUGCAGUCAUUCAGUGUGAAUCAGUGACUUUUACAAGCAGAUAUGCUUCCAUAAUCUGAGAUACUAUCUGAUAAUUGAGAGAAACCUAUAUGUAUAUCAUGAGCUUAAGCAUCUGACUACUGUCUGAAGAAUUAAUUUCUAGUUCUAUGAAGUCUUUCAGUUCAAGAAAAAUCACAAAAGCAGUUAUUGUUGCUAGGAUGGUAUGUCACAAUUGUUCUGAAAAUAUCUUCCAGUUAUAUUUGAACUAUUUCUGGAUAUUCUACUUUAGUGCUCGUUAUAUAAUUUUCAGUGUGGCCUAAGUAAUGGAAUGUGCUGCACUUAACACCAAUAUCCGUAUCGGUAUAGUAAUGCCAUUUAAAAGAAAAAUAAACAAAUCCCAUGGAUCUACCUGUGGUAGGAAGGGUAGAUCUUCCUUUGUAUGGUAACAUGCAGGGCAAAAUGACUGCAGGUUCAGUCAAGGUGUAUUAAGUGCAUGUAUUCUAUUUUCACUAACUUAUACCUGUCUGUUUAGAAUACAGGUCUUCCAAGCAGCUGGUGGUUUACCAGAUGUGGACUUAAAUUGCUGGGCUUGCAAUAGGAAUUGCUAGCCACUCAUAGUGCGGGUCUGUGUGGAGCUUUAAUCAAUAAAUGCCUCCACAUUCUGUAUUACAGUAACAUUGGCUCAUGUAUAAUACUUCCUGCUGCUGAUGUAUUUUUCCAAUGUAAAACAAAGUUUUAGUGUGGAUUAACCAGGUCUUUAUUUUUGUUAAUUUAAUAACAAGCAUUACUGUAGUGUGAUUGUUUAUAGAUAUCCCUUAGCUAUCAGGUUUUUUACUUUUUUGGGGGGGGGGAGCGAAUUGUUCAGGAAUAUUCUGUACGCUGUGUGCAGGAGAGCAGAUGACUAGUGCUGCUCUGGCAUUAAUCCCAGGAACCACUAGCAGUAGCGGGGCGCCGCCAAUCUAACAUGAACACAGGUGCUUCAUGACAACCUUACUAGCAUGUUCAGCUGCAUCAUGUUCUGGCACUGUAUUUUGAAUGACAUUAAUUUAUUAAAAAAAGACUGAAUCUAAA